AACAGGCCGCCAAAGUUUGCCGACAAGUAUGAGGAGCGCGAAUACCAGAAGGGUCGUCUAGCUGCGGCUUUCAGAAUCUUUGGAAAGUUCGGCUUCGACGAGGGAGUGGCUGGUCACAUCACUCUUCGUGAUCCUGUGAAUCCAGAGACCUUCUGGGUAAAUCCUUUCGGGUGAGCAGAUACUUGCAGCGUUGGUUUCAUGAUUCGGUUACUGAUACACCAGGUUCAGCGUGGCCUUCGCCUUGAUCAACAAGUCGGAUCUCAUUCAUGUCAAUGAGGAAGGCGAGAUUAUCGGUGGUGGCGAGACUAGACUGCUUAACACAGCAGCAUUCAUGAUCCACAGCGCCAUCCACAAAGCGAGACCUGAUGUGAUCGCUGCUGCACACAGUCACAGCAUAUACGGAAGGUCCUUCUGCACCUUGGGCCGAACACUGGACACAAUCACACAAGAUGCAUGCUCAUUCCACAAUGACCACGUCUUGUAUGAGUCCUUCAAUGGCAUUGUCCUUGCGGCCGAGGAAGGAGAGAACAUUGCCAAAUGUCUCGGUAACAAGAAGGCGGCACUCUUGCAAAACCAUGGUCUCCUGACUGUAGGCAAGACAGUCGAGGAGACAGUCUUCUGGUUUGUAUCCAUGGAGAAGUGCUGUCAAGCACAACUGCUAGCGGACGCCGCAGCAGGGGGUCGUGGAGGCGAGACCAAGAAGAUUGACGAGGAGGAUGCCGUUUACACACGCAAGGCGAUCGGCAGUCCCAUGGCAGGAUAUUUCAGUGCCAAGCCACUGUUUGAUGUGAUUCACAAGGAGACCGGAGGAGAUUACCUUCAGUGAUAUAGUCAGGGGCUCGUGUACGUAUGUAUGUAUCAGGCGUUUGUUACAAGGACUCGUCUCGUCUAAUUUCCGGGGCUGGAAUCAGCCGACGUAUUACAGUGAUCCGGCGGUCGUGAUAUCAGCCGAAGCAGUUGCCGGAUGAAUCCUGUACCGGAGGAGCUGUCUGCUAUGAAGUCCGCAAUCGCAAGACACACAGCGGUAUCAGCGUGAGCUAGAGAUUCGGUACGGGAAGCGCGAUGCUCCGAGGGUGAAAAGAUGUUAAGAUGAUUGGUCCACCAAAAAGAGGCAUUUUUGGGAGAGCAUGAGGCAGAAAUAGAACGGCAGAGCGGUUGUCGAAACGGGC